AUGAUCCAAACGUGGACGCUUGCUUCAUUUGACAAGUCCCUCGCUGCGCUGCUCAUAUAUCCGACUCACCAAGCCAUCAGGAUUCCAUAUUGGGCUGCACUGACACGCGGGAGUUCGUUGUGUACGACACCUCGCAGAUUUAUCCUGAGUACAUCAUGUACUACAAAGAAUCCAGCAAGCUUGCUUGAACCAGCCUUCUGGCUCAAGCAUGAUGGUGUGGUAACUUCAUGCCACGCCCACUGCAUGUCUGCGGCAGUCGUCGCGCAAAAGGUUGCUGAACUGCGCGAUGAUGCGCAGAACAUAGCACAAGAACAAAGAAAUGAGACGGUGCGAGAAAUCUUUGAGCGCCUGGACGACAACGGCAGUGGUUCCCUCGACCGAUCUGAAGUCAAAAGUCUCCUGCGGCAGCUCAACAAGGGCCACCCGCCGACAGAGGAGGAGCUUACUUUUGUCAUGAAGAUGGCAGGUGAAGGGUCGGUGCAGCCAGGCAGGACUAGAGCGGAUACCAGAAGCCUUGAGAUUGGCAGGGACAAUCUCAUGUCUGCUGUGACAUGCUGGCGGAUUUACCAAUCCUCGUUUGCAAAUGAAAAAAGUAUGGGCGUGAUACUAUUCAAGAAAUUUGAUCCAGAGAGCACCGGAAGGCUAGACCGAGAUCAGCUUAAGGCGCUCCUCGAAGAGCUCAGCGCCGAAGAGGACGUGAGUGAGGAGGACGUAGAUUUCGUUCUUGACCGGGCAGACAUUCUUCGGGACGGAACGAUCUCAAAGAUGGAGUUGAACCAAGCAAUAGCGGCCUGGUAUCAGCGGCAGAACAUAAAAAUCAGUCAGCGUGCUUCGGCAUCUCAGAAGAGUACAGUGUGCGCUAUACUCUGA